UGUUUCAAACAUGUAUCACUAUAAUAAGUCACACAGAUGCAGGACAGUCCAGAGAGAACACAUAGAUACAGACGUAUAUUAGAGUUGAGAUAAGUAGAAGUUACUGUAUUGGACCACCAGUGUGUUAACAUGUCAGAGGGAGUCUAUGAAAUCUCAGAUGGAUUUGAAGAUGAACCUGAUGCAAUUAAGAACACAGACAUUGAUGGCCAAUCAUAUGCCAACGUAAGAGCCUUCAAACCCAGUCCAAGAGAUGUAGUUGUUGCUUCAGUACAUGUUCAGUGGUGGAAGAGACCCUCUGGAGUUGCUGCAGUGUGUCUGGGGCUGCUGUGUGUUCUCCUACUGGCUGGGAUCAUAGGCCUGUCUGUCUACUAUGGAGUCAUUGGACAUCAUGACUCAAAAUUGAGAGAACAGCUACAGACCAGUUACAACACCAUGACUAAAGAGAGAGACCAGCUACAGACUGAGAGAGAUGUUCUUAGUGGAUGGCUUACCAGUCUCAAACAAACCUGUCCUGAACGCUGGCAGAAGUUUGAAUCCAGUUGUUACUUCCUGUCUACUGAGACUAAAACCUGGAAGGAGAGCAGAGAGGACUGUCUGCAGAGAGGAGCAGAUCUGGUGAUCAUAAACAACAAUAAGGAACAGGAGUUUCUCUUCAUCCUCAACCAUACCACAGCUGUACAUGUCUGGAUUGGUCUGACUGACUCUGUUACUGAGGGGACCUGGAGAUGGGUGGACGGCACCCCACUGACCACCCCAAGGUACUGGUCUUCACAUCAGCCUGAUAAUGGUGAUCGCAAACCAGAAUAUGGUGUGGAGGACUGUGUUCAGAUACGUAAAGAUCAGAGUCCUCUGGAGGCGUGGAAUGACGUGUCAUGUCGCAGCAAACUCAACUGGGUUUGUGAGAAAGUGUUUUAACGUCACCAUGACAACAUACUGUAACACAUACAGUAGCCCAUAGUGCACACAACCUCCUCCUUCAUUCUCUCUCUCUCUCUCUCUCUCUCUCUCUCUCUCACACACACA